UAUGUAUACGAACGCGAUCAGUAUCAAAACAAACCCCGCAACAGCCCAACAACCCCCCAGUCUCCAUCCCAAUCAUGAAGCCUAAGGUGCCUCCAUAAGCACGCUUUUGCCGGUUUGGCGAAGACUACCACAACUCUUUCCCGACGGCCAGACCAGACCAUCCAAGCGAAGCGAGCGAGCCCCAGCAGCAGUAGCACAUGGUCGGCUAAUCUCGCGAUGCGCGUUAUCGGCGGAACCAGUCGGUGUUGGACUUUUGCGACGAGCGAACGUAUCGUGGCUCGGUAUCAUUUCUCCGAUCCGUGUAGUAGCCUACCGUCGCGUCGCCGAGGUGUGAAGAAAGUAAAUAAAUGGAAAAUCGCUGAUCGUGUCCCUUUCACGUUGUUUCGAGGAGCAACCGCGGCCGCAGCCGCCACCGCCGCCGUAGCCUUGGAGCGUAUCGCUGCUGCUGCUGCCUUUGGAAAGCCGCGUGCGUCGCGCUUGCCGUUAAAUGAUGGUUGGCGCUUCCUUCUAAAGUGGAUCAAUGGUUUUCGGUAGUCGUUCAUAUGCAUGUGGAUUUAACCAGUUUGCGGAAAUAUGAUACGUUCAACAAAAGUGAUAAUCGUGGUGAACAGAAAGUGGUUUUGAUAAAAAAAAAACAGCAGUUUCAUUGGCGGAAGUGACGACGAGUGAAAGAACAAGUGAUGUGUUUGACAAUAUUUAAUUAGCUCACAUUCAGAUUCAAAUCAGUGAAAUCAGUCAACAUAUGCGCUGGAUGAAGUAGAUACGGCAAUGUACGUAGCGAAAGAUGCGAAUGGCCUUCAGUGACAGUCUGUUUUGCAACUUUAUGUUACAGUAGUGUUUAAAACAUGUUGACCACCUUAUUACCUGGAUUCAGAAGAUAAAAAUAUAAAAAGGUGUGGCUACGCGAGUGCGGAUCUGUAACUUAAUUGAACGGAUGACGAUCGAUAAACGGAAUACAGUGAUCACAGCACAACCAACAACGGUCUAGCCACCAGCAGCGAGCUCGGCGUUGAAUGAGGCGACUUGCGAAGAAUAGAAGAUCGCGCUGUCCCACUUUGAUCUGUCUGUCGCCUAUUUGGAUGACCAAUUGGAUGUGAAACUAGUUCGUUGAAUGGAGGAAGCGCUGCGCUGCUGUGUGCAUUCGGAAAAUCAAUAUUAUUUGUCGAUUAGCAUAUGGGAGCAGGAAAGGAAAAGAAAAACGUGUGACUAUUAUAGUGCCCGGUAGCAUUCGGGUUAGUGAAUGCAUGCAAACAUACUACUCGAUGCGACGGAACCUUAUGCCUGUGCACUGCCCUCGCUAAUGGUGUUGAUAGUGUGUUAUAAUUUGUGCAAACAACAUUAGCUUGCGUUGGCUUCCUCGCUAGUCGUGUAACCAACCGGUGGUAAACAUUGGGCGGAAUUUCUGGUACAAUUGAUCGGGUGCUUGUAAAGUCAAACUGUUACGUAGACAGCUGGUGGUGUACUCCAUUGAAGCAUCUCCCAGCAGUGAACAUUGGGCGAAGGUGGUCGCUCGAAUGAGGCAGAAACAGUAAUCGGCUUGAAGUAGAAAAUUUGAUGGCAUCGGAGCGUGUAAGCAUAUCUUGAGGCACUACCGCUGAUCGGAAGCAAAAAAAUAACCUCACUUGGGUGUGGAUCAUAGACGCGCUGACGGUGCGCCGUGUUGCUCGAGACUUCGAUAGCUAAUGGUGCCGAGUGCCUUGUGCCGUCGAAGAAAGGAGAAAAACCUAAAGCAAAGUGAAAUUUCCUCGAGCAAAACAAACCAAGCAAAAGAUCCAGCAUUCGAUCAGAAUUAAUGUGAUCAUUCGGUACUUGACAGGAAGCCCUCAAGCGCUGGCGGGUGACUCUAGAAUAAUUUGUAGAUCGUAAAUUUGAAGUGAUUCAAUAACGAACAAGCGGAAAAAAAGGCGUAUAAUUGGUUACGAGCACUGCGAAGAAACCCAUAAGUUAGUGAUGAAACUGAUUAGAACUACGAGCGGGUUUUUGAAGAGCUCAUUCAUGCUGUGCCAAACAAGAAGGCAAGUGUUCUGCGCGACGUGAGUCUUCAAGAAAGAAUAAAUUAAUUGGAAAUUCAGGUGGCUGGGCAGACAAUUGGCGCGAUCAAUUCAAGAUGGGAAACGCGAUAAGUAGUGCUAACGAAUCAACGCUGCCCCGAAGGCAACCGCAGUAUUAUAGUGAUUGUAACGGAAAACGGUGCUGUUACGAGACUGGGGCAACCAACACGGGAUCCAGGAGCAGCCGCCAGAACCAACAACAGCAACAACAACAACAGAACCCAGAAAAUUCACGAAUGCUUUUUCUGCUUUAUUUAAUUCACCGUACCUGGAAUGUCGUGGUUGACAGCGUCGAUCAAAAAGGCAAAAAAUCACGUGCCACCACAUCGGAAGACUCCGGAGCGCCCCGCAGCAACUACGAUGAAGCUUUCGAUACCGACGUCAACUUUACCGACCUGGACGACGACUCGAGCUUGUACGGCUCGCAGUACUCGUUCUGCAACUGCAGCUACUGCGAGGAGGAAGCCGACCGAAACCAUUUCGACAACGUCAGGGGAAACCGGUUCUCGUUUUGCGAUAGUGACAUAUCGUACUGCUCCUACCAGAUGGCACCAAGCGCCGGGAAAAGUCCUCCCGGAGGCACACAGAUAGGCCCACCGGAUUUGAACGAGAUGACCCUGGGCUGGAAUUCUAACAUCAAGCAAGAGAACCAGCGUCCACCAGUGUUCAACCCGGAGGACUACGUUAUUUCGUUGAAAAAAUACGGCCGCCGCGGAACAAAUGGAAACUUCAAAUCCAUUUACGAUACAUCACCUGGCGAAGAAGUCAAAAAUGAUAAGCAACAACAACUUCCCGACAACCGAUCUCACACACUUCCGCACAAAAAUUCGGAGUACAGAUCGCCCAUACCAGCUCCACCGGAAAUGGACAGUGAAAUGACACUGCGUCAGUUUGGUUCCGUAACAGACCUGCUCACAAAAUUGCGGGCAGAUUUGCGUGCCUCCUUUCCCAGCUUUGUCCAGGAAUUUGUCUCCAGUCCGUUAGAUGGGGUCAGCUUACUGUUGGAAGUUCUUCGAGCCGUCCAGUUGAGCCAAAGUAUGCCGAUGAACGGAACCACGACCAUGCCAGCGCCCGGAUCGAUACCAAGAACCAAUCAAUCUUAUCAGAGACGUGCCCUGCUUGACGAAUUGGCUUGCUUACAAUGCUUGAGUAUCUGUUGUACAAGAAGUCCCGAAGCUGGCGCAAGGCUUGGGACCACUCCGAUAGGAUUGCUUCCAUUGGCCGCUGCUGCAACUGGUACCGGUAUUCGAUCGCGGAUAGUCGCUUUGCAGCUUUUGACGAUCGCUUGCGACAAAUCAGCUCUCGGUGAUGGAACUCAACGUAGUCAACAGCAAGGACAUACCGCUGUGUCGGAAGCUUUGUCCACAUUGCGUCUCCGCUGUGCUGAACCAGUUCGGUUUAGGUUGCUUGUGGGAAUGCUCAACAGUGGUGGUGGAUCUGGGGAACUACAGGCAGUCGGGAUGAAAUUUGUUAACACAUUUUUGGAAAGCGCUGAAAGUGUACAAGUGCGUCUAUAUCUGCAAGCAGAACUUCAUCAAGCAGGACUUGAUCCAGCGCAGAUGUGCAAAGUCAUUUCAUCCACCUCACCGUGGUUAGAACGACUCAGGGUGGAGGUAAAAAGGUGGGAUGCCAUUCGCAUUGAUAUUGAACAGCUUCAGAGUCAGGCUCGCUCCGCUGAACAAGUACGCAGUCGGUUGGUUAUUCUCGAGCGAAGAGUACAAAUUCUGCAUGAGGAGAAGACUGUAUUGACAACAAUGGAAAGACGGCUGCAGGAACGAUGCGCUGAGUUGCAACGAGAAGUUCUUAGACUGAAAGGUACCCAAAGUCAGGACGCAUCCAAUAGCUCAAGUCUGGAGAAACGACCAGUUGCUCUUCCGCGACAAGUUCCACCUCAAGCUAAGAGAAAUACCUCUGAAAACGAUGACGAAGGUAUCAGUAGUUCAGAAACUGGACAAUCAUCUACUCCAGAGCCCCCACGUGUAUUCCCAACCAAGGAUGGGUCAAGCACAAAUUCUCAUAAGUUCAGUAUCUCUCUGAACCAAGAAAACGACGAGCAGACGCAUGACGUGAGUAACAAUGAUGAUGAUACGAAUGCCACUAUCGAAGAUGUGAUUGAAGAACUGCAAAACAUUGUCAACGAUGCGGAACGUGAAAUAUCAGAUCAAAAUGAAGUCUUGUUUCAUCAAAUGGACGAUUUGCCAGAGAAGACUCUUUAUAGCUUAGAAAUCAACACUGAAAAUGAAAUAGUACCUGUUAACCUGCUACCUCACCCACCCCGCAAAUCCCGUUCUUUAGCUCAUCUCAUUUCUACCCCUUCGGAUGGGGAAUCAGGCUAUGAUCUCCUUAUGGUGAAUAACGACAGCAAAUUGGACUUUUUCGAAGUUGCAGAUACGGGUAAAUCCCAAAAGAAGCCCUACGUUGAGGAAACAUUUUACCCAUCGGAAGUAAAUGAUCCUACUCGACCGGAUGUGAUCCACACAGCAACUGAGUCUCAAGCUCUACACCGAAGUCGUGCAUCGACCAAAGAUUCGAACCGAGCCAUACUGAACGUGAUCAUGGAUGCACGCGACAAAGAGUCGCGGAUGCUGCGAGCGCAGUCUCUUGAGCGUGAAAUCCCUCAGCAAAACCCACCAGCGCAGCAAUUCAACGGGGUGUUCUUCAUGACUGAUAUGAAUAGCGCCGGGAAGUAUCCCAAACCAGACAUAACCGCUGCAUUGGAAGCGAAGAAGGUCACCAAGAAUCUCGAUAGAAUGGGCGCAUAUGGGGUAGAUUCGAUGAUUGACAUCGUUAUGUCCAGUGAACAAAGAGCAAAGUCCAAUGCUUUCCAAAAGGCUCGAGUUAUCAAUCAGCACUCUUCAGCCGCUGGCGGAAUGAAUGGUACCACCGUGGGUGCCAAAAUGAGCACCGGUAACACUAAUUUCAAGCUACGAUCUACCAACGGGCCCCAGAUGCUCUAUCCUGGAAAUGGGUCAUUGUUGAGAGAGAACAGUCGCAGCCAGACAAACUUGGGUUCUAAAGUGACUGAUUUGCCUUCCGGUUUGUAUUGAUUGAAUGGAAAAUCGUAAUCGAUUUAAUCUAACAGACAAGUUUUAAAACAUAAUUUCUGUGCAAUAUUUAUUCUUUUACUGUGUAGAGUUUUAGCUGUAUUUUAACUCGUUCUUGCAGUUGAACGGAGAAUGCAUUCUUCACACGUAUACAUUUUUGCUGUAUCAAACACUCGAUUUGUAUAAAGUUUCUCAUUCUUCCUGUCCGGUUAGAUUUUUAAAAGAUGGUGAUGGAACUUUCUUACUAUCAUUACACCCUGCGGGAUACUAUUUUCAAGAGAACUGUGUUGAAUGUUAUGAUGAUUCGAAAAUAAGAAAAUUAGGUAGUUGUACUGGUUAAGCAGUUUUGUACUUUUUUUUACAAACAGAGAAAAAGCUUAAUAAAUAUAUUUUGCGAA